GGUGAAUUGUUUUUAAUCUAUACUAUUUUUUUAAAUUAUUGCCUUUUUAUCAUCAACAUAAAACCACCAUGACAGUAAACGCAUCAAACAUGAAUUCAGUCUGACUCUUGAUGCAGGCCUGUUCUGGUCUUUGUUGUUUGUUUCUCUUUUUUUUCUCAUCACUGUUACAUAAUUAUGUUCCAAGUGAUUUAAGUUUCAUCCUGUCAUCACUGUUUUCCACAUCGGGACGUUGCAGUUUUGUGUAUUUAUGACUCAUCUGUAGAGCAUUAACAUUGUGUUAAGGGUAGUUUGAUUAUGAAGGAGUGUUUGAAAUGUCACUGUUAGAAUUAAACUGCUCUGGCAGCUUUGGUCUGAUAUUAAAACUCUGCCACCGUUUAUCCUCUACAGAUAAUUAAUUUAAUAACAAUCAUUAUGCAUGAAGAGGACAUUGGUGCUUUUGUGUAGGAAUUGAACACAUCUGAUGCAGGGAUACUGGAUAUCAAGUAUCAGGUACUGGAUCAAUUAAAAUGAAUAUUAAUUACAAUUUAUCAAUAAACCAGUUCACUUUUGGUUUUGGCGUUGAUGAAUCGUCACGGCUCUAGAAAUGAUUUGAUCACUUAAAUGUCUGAAUGUAAAAGUUGAAAAUAAAAAAAAAAUCUGUUGACAUUAGCAUUUGAUGUUCCACAAUACUGUAGGCUGAACCUCAGAAUGACCCGUGUGAUGUCAUCAAUGUCCCAUGACAUCAGAGCAAUUCCACGACUGAGUCACGAGUGUAUGAUAUGGGUGGUAAUAUAACUAGUCUGCAGUCAGUAACUGUCAGUGCUUCAGAACAGCAGAACUGAAGAAACUGGAAUGGAAUGAGAGCUGAAAUCUUAUGGACUGGAAUUCCAGUCCAGUUGCUGCUCACUGAUGCUUCGGAGGCUUCUUGUACGGUUUCAGUGAGUGGAGCCCAGUGUUGCUCCGGUUCUUUAAAUCAAGCCACAGCCAGUGUGUGUGUGUGUGUGUGUGUGUGUGUGGCUGUUAAUUAGUCGUGUUCACCGCAGCAGCAACAGUACAGACAGACAGAAUAUAAUUCAUUCUGCUGAGCUGAUGCUUUUAUUCAGUCUCUCACUCACCUCCUCUCUCUUCCCACAGCGUGGGUAAGUUGCCCAGGCUGAAGGAGAGAGAGAGAGAGAGAGAGAGAGAGAGAUAGGAGGAGGAGGAGGAGGAAGAGGAGGAGACAUUGAACUGAAAAUAAGAGACUCAAUGAAUGAGAGAGGGAGAGAGAUGGGGAAUGAUUUUGGGUUGUUGGCACAAGCCCGGCCAGCUACUGAGCAUUUUUACUGAGUGUUUGCAUCUCUGUGUGUGUGGUACGCGCGGGUGUGUGUGUGUGUGUGAGAUGAUGUGCGCCUCGCUCUGAUAUGCUCCUGUUGGAAUUCUGAUUGCCUUCAGCUUUGUGGAGGAGGCAUCCCAAUUCUCUCAAGGGGCCCACAUUCUUUAACGUCCGUCAGCCGUGGAUUCUCUUUGCCUUUGAGUGUGUGCGUGAAUGAAUGUGUGGAUGUGAGCAUGUGUGUGCACACUUGUUCUCUUCCUCUCCUCCUCCUCCUCUUCCUCUUCUUCUCCUCCUCCUUCAGAAACUCCUACCUUUUUGGUUUUGCCUCCUUGCUUCUUGACAAGGGCAUCUCUUCCUGUGUCUUCCAGCCUGUUUUUCCUGCAGCUUUGCUUUUAGUGGUGAUGAUCAUAAAUAUAGGUUGAGGGUUUUUCUUUUUCUUUUUCUUCUCUUCACCUGGACAACAUGGAUUGUCUUUGCAUUGUCACCACUAAGAACAGGCCACCAGCAGUGCAGGGGUCACCCCACAACGGCCAGUCCCCACCCUGCAUGAACCCUGCCUUGAUGAACGCUCCCUGGCAGUACCACUACCACGAAGACGACUCGCCACUAGAACAGGGAUUCCCGAGGCUUACCAAUGAGGUGCGCUCCCCCGAGCUGGUGCACGUGUCUGAGAAGAACCUGUCUGAGAUCGAAAAUGUGCACGGCUACGUGUCCCACUCCCACAUCUCCCCACUCAAGGCCAGUCCUGCCCCGAUUAUCGUUAACACAGACACUUUGGAGUCAGUUCCUUACGUCAACGGCACAGAAAUUGAGUACGAGUUUGAGGAAAUCACGCUCGAAAGGGGUAACUCAGGGUUGGGCUUUAGUAUCGCUGGAGGAACAGACAACCCACACAUCGGAGAUGACCCUGGCAUCUUCAUCACUAAGAUCAUCCCUGGAGGGGCUGCGGCAGAGGACGGACGCCUCAGGGUAAAUGACUGCAUACUGCGAGUGAACGAUGCCGACGUGUCUGAGGUUUCUCACAGUAAAGCAGUGGAGGCCCUAAAGGUUGCGGGUUCUAUUGUCCGACUGUAUGUGCGGCGCCGCAGGCCAAUGCUGGAGACCAUUAUUGAGAUUAAACUCAUCAAAGGACCAAAAGGGCUUGGCUUCAGUAUUGCAGGCGGGGUUGGAAACCAGCACAUACCUGGUGACAACAGCAUAUAUGUUACCAAAAUCAUUGAUGGUGGCGCAGCACUGAAAGAUGGUCGGCUACAGGUCGGAGACAGAUUGUUAAUGGUGAACAACUACAGUCUGGAGGAGGUGACUCAUGAAGAGGCAGUGGCCAUUUUGAAGAACACGUCGGACGUGGUCUACCUUAAGGUGGGAAAGCCCACCAACGUCUACCUGUCAGAUCCGUAUGGACCUCCUGAUAUCACGCACUCCUUCUCUCCAGCCAUGGAAAAUCAUAUUUCUUCCCCCAUCAACAGUGGUACUCUGGAGUACAAGUCUGGUCUUCCCCCAAUCUCCCCUGGGAGUUAUUCUCCCCUCCCAAAGCACUUACUAGGCGAAGAGGAUAUAAACAGGUUGGAUGGUUUUUCCUUCUUACGAAAUCCCUCGCUAGAUGAUGGAGAGGGUCACAGGUUUGAUUCCCAACACUUCCAGUUGAGGCCUCCUGAGCCAGUUUACAGCACUGUGAACAAACUUUGUGACAAAGCACCCUCCCCCCGACACUUUUCCCCAGUGGAGUGUGACAAAAGCCUCCUCCACUCCGCCCCCCUCCCAAACUAUCACUUAAGCCUGUUCCCUGAGUCGGACAUCACCAGGGACCCUCGGAAGGUGGUGCUCCACAAAGGUUCCACGGGCCUCGGCUUUAAUAUAGUGGGCGGUGAGGACGGUGAAGGUAUCUUCGUCUCCUUCAUCCUGGCAGGAGGUCCUGCUGACCUGAGCGGGGAGCUGCGGCGAGGUGACCAGAUUUUAUCGGUGAAUGGAAUUGACCUUCGAGGAGCCACGCACGAACAAGCAGCAGCCGCACUGAAAGGUGCAGGUCAGGUGGUCACCAUCGUCGCCCAGUACAGACCAGAGGAAUACGGGCGUUUUGAGGCCAAAAUCCAUGACCUGCGUGAACAGAUGAUGAACCACAGCAUGAGCUCUGGGUCAGGGUCCCUGAGAACUAAUCAGAAGAGAUCACUCUAUGUUAGAGCGCUUUUUGACUAUGAGAAGUCAAAGGACAGUGGGCUGCCCAGCCAGGGGCUCAGCUUCAGGUACGGAGACAUCCUCCACGUCAUCAACGCCUCGGAUGAUGAGUGGUGGCAGGCUCGACGGGUCACUCCGCAUGGAGACAGUGAGGAAAUGGGCGUUAUCCCCAGCAAACGGCGGGUGGAAAGGAAGGAGCGAGCGCGUCUAAAGACUGUGAAAUUCAACGCCAAACCUGGAUCGUUUGAUUCUAAAGGGUCAUUCAAUGACAAACGUAAAAAGAAUUUCAUCCUUACACGAAAGUUCCCAUUCUACAAGAACAAAGAGGGUGAGCAGGAUGGCAGUGAUUCUGACAGGAGUCAAGACGAGGUGAUUCUGUCUUAUGAACCUGUGAUGCGGCAUGAAAUUAGUUAUGCCAGACCCGUCAUUAUCCUGGGACCAAUGAAGGACAGAAUCAACGAUGACCUGAUCUCGGAGUUUCCAGACAAGUUCGGCUCCUGUGUGCCACAUACUACUCGACCAAAGCGGGACUAUGAGGUGGACGGGCGGGACUACCACUUUGUGAUGUCCAGGGAGCAAAUGGAGAGGGACAUCCAGGAGCACAAGUUCAUCGAAGCGGGACAGUACAAUGAUAAUCUUUACGGAACAAGUGUCCAGUCUGUGAAAUACGUGGCUGAAAGGGGUAAACACUGUAUUUUGGACGUGUCUGGAAACGCCAUCAAACGACUACAAGUAGCACAACUCUAUCCCAUCGCCAUCUUCAUAAAACCCAAGUCUAUUGAUUCGUUAUUGGACAUGAAUAAGAGACUGACAGAGGAACAGGCCAGGAAGACAUUUGACAGAGCUAUAAAGCUGGAGCAGGAGUUUGGGGAAUUUUUCACAGCACUGGUUCAAGGAGACACCUUAGAGGACAUUUAUAACCACUGCAAACAGGUCAUAGAGGAACAUUCAGGACCCUAUAUCUGGAUCCCCUCCAAGGAGAAACUUUAA